AUGAUCAAAGGAUUCGAGUCACCUUACAAAGGAACGCCACCUUACGAUUGUCCUCGCAAUCCGAUUGUCCUAAAGGACCAUCCUCAGGAUGAUCAUCAUGGACACCCACGAAUGUUGCACGCUGGAUCUCAAUUAACAUUAGCUCGGAUCCGAGAGAAAUUUUGGAUUCUGCGAGCACGAUCUCUGGUUCGCGCUGUACUCUACAAAUGUGUAUCAUGUACACGAGAAAGGGCUCAGAUUCCUAACGAGCUCAUGGGCGAUCUUCCGAAUGUAAGAGUAAAUCGCUCAGCUCGAGCAUUCGAACAUGCCGGUGUCGAUUAUGCCGGUCCAAUUCUUGUACGAACCUCUCGUGGACGAGGUCAUAAAGCGCAUAAAGCCUAUAUUGCCGUGUUCGUUUGUAUGACGACAAAGGCGAUCCAUCUCGAGCUCGUUAGCGACUACUCUUCAGACGCUUUUCUCGCCACAUUAAAUCGUUUCGUUUCUCGUCGCGGAUACCCUGCAUCGAUUUAUUCGGAUAAUGGAACCACAUUCCAAGGUGCCGAUCGCGAACUUAAACUCGCAAUCGCGCAGGCUUUAAAAAAUUCGGAUUUGCAAAAUACGCUUUCGACCGACGGAAUAAACUGGCAUUUCGUGCCUCCUUCCGCUCCCCACUUCGGUGGAUUAUGGGAAGCUGCUGUACGCAGCGUCAAAUACCAUUUAAAGCGCUGUAUCGGCUCACAUACGCUCACAUUUGAAGAAUUAAAUACUGUUCUUUGUCGUAUCGAAGCGUGUCUUAACUCGAGACCUAUUGGGUCUGUGUCCGAAAAUCUCGAUGAUUAUCAUGUAUUAACACCGGGACACUUCCUCAUCGGGGGACCCAUCUUAGCUGCGCCACAGCCAAGCGUUCUCGAUCUUAACGAAACUCGUCUUUCCCGCUGGCAAUUGUUGCAACAUAUUACAGAAAAAUUUUGGAAAUCAUGGUCAAACGACUACUUAUUAACGUUGCAGCAGCGGCCAAAAUGGAAAAUUGCGCAACGACUUGCGACUGUAGGCCGAAUCGUUCUCUUGCGGAACGCACUUGCUCCUCCGUCUCACUGGGAGCUCGGACGUAUCAUCGAAUGUCAUCCCGGCAACGACGGACUCGUUCGCGUCGUUACCGUGCGCACCGCGCGUUCACAGUAUAAGCGUCCAAUUGUAAAAUUAUGUUUUCUUCCGAUCGAUAUCAAUACUUCAAGCGAUCAAAGUUCCGGCAUGGCGGGCGGCACCGAUUCCGAUUAG